GGGACUGGUUUGCCCUGUCCUGCAUCCUUGUAGAGGACAGUCAAGAAGUGAAAUUUGGAUCAUCCUUGAGCAUCAAUGAAAGACCAAGUAUGGCSUUCUUCAAGCAACAGAAGGUGGAGGACGUUUAUGAAAUUGGAGAAGAGCUAGGAAGUGGCCAGUUUGCCAUAGUGAAGAAAUGUCGAGAGAAAAGCACAGGUGUGGAAUAUGCUGCCAAGUUCAUCAAGAAGCGCCAGAGCCGGGCCAGCCGGCGCGGGGUGAGCCGGGAGGAGAUCGAGCGCGAGGUCACCAUCCUGCAGCAGAUCCUGCACGCCAACAUCGUCAAGUUGCAUGACAUCUACGAGAACAAGACWGACGUGGUUCUCAUCCUGGAGCUGGUUUCUGGAGGAGAACUUUUUGACUUUCUGGCACAGAAGGAGUCCUUGAGUGAAGAGGAAGCAACCAGGUUCAUCAAACAGAUUUUGGAUGGUGUGAAUUACCUGCACUCUAAGAAAAUUGCUCACUUUGAUUUAAAGCCUGAAAACAUUAUGCUUCUAGACAAGAAUAUUCCUAUUCCCCACAUCAAACUCAUUGACUUUGGCCUGGCUCACAAAAUAGAAGAUGGGGUUGAAUUUAAAAACAUAUUUGGAACUCCAGAAUUUGUAGCUCCAGAAAUUGUAAACUAUGAACCACUUGGACUAGCUGCAGACAUGUGGAGCAUAGGAGUCAUCACCUACAUAUUGCUUAGUGGUGCAUCACCUUUCCUUGGAGAAACUAAACAAGAAACACUUGCCAACAUCACAGCUGUGAAUUAYGAUUUUGAUGAAGAAUUUUUCAGCAAUACCAGUGACCUGGCAAAAGAUUUUAUUCAGAAACUACUGGUGAAAGAUACACGGAAGAGGCUUACAAUUCAGGAAGCUCUGUCUCAUCCAUGGAUAACGCCCAUGGACAAGCAACAGGCUUUGGUUCGGAAAUCAUCUCUUGUCAACAUGGAAAACUUCAAAAGGCAAUACGCUAGAAGGCGAUGGAAGCUUUCGUACCGCAUUGUCUCAUUGUGCAACCACUUAUCGCGUUCGCUGGUGAACAAGGUCCUGCUGCAAGAUGGGAGUUCGAGAAACUAUGAAAGUGACAGUGAGGAUCUUUCACCAAGAAAAGCCCCCAUUCAGAGGAGAAGCAGCAUAUCGUAAUUGGGUGAGAAUUCCAUGGGCAGGAGACAGGAAAYGCUCAUCCUUGCUGAAGCAAGCAAGCCUGGCAGCAGACUUGGAUUUCUUGUCUGAGCUCUUGGUAUGAUCUUCUUGCUUCUGAAACUACACAACAGCUGGAUGAUGGUCUUAAAUGCCUACUGAGCAUUUUAGAAAMUUGGGACUCAAGAUUCCCAGGGAAAUACUACUGCACAAGCACCAGUUGGGAGUGCUUUUACAUGUUGAGUGUUUCAGUGAUACUUCAAUCUAUUUGUGAUGUCAGCUGCACUCAGGGUGUAGGGUUUCUACUGACACUCUUUUAUUGUGGAAUAAUUCACAUUCUGCACAGUGGUUAAGACUGUGUGCAUUAUUAUUUCAGUCAGGGAAAUUCCUACUGAGUCUUAAAGAAAUUUUUUUAAUGYAGUUUUUGUAUUUGUUAAUAGCAUAAAUAUCUGAUGGCAGGUAUCUGACAGGUUUUGUUAGCUGUGUGCAGUACUCUGUUAUUACUGUCACUGAAAAGAAAAUCACCGUGCCAUUACAUGUCAUAACCUUGAUUUUGUGAACCCWGCAUUAAACAGUUCUGAAAUGCAAUGAGAACUGUGCUCUGGCCAUUGUCUCUGGCUGAAGGCUAACUCAACUCUCACUGUCAGUGUGAGUAUAACUGAUGGUGGUACUGAGGUAGGCCAGGGCAAUUUUCAAAUGAAAAAGAGAAAAAAAGUCUGUAGUGAUUUACAUGCACCCAAAUAAAGCAUUUUCACAGAAUGAUGAUAGGAUGCCUCACCAAAAAAAAGGACCUUUAAAAACCCAAGGCAUGUGAAAAAAUAGUCUUUACUAGACUUUGUAAUUGUUGUCAAUAUUAUUGUCAGCAAAUUGGAGGCUAGUUAACACCUAUUUGUAUAGGUGCUGUUUACAUGUAACCCAGACUGCAGACAUCUGUAUUUUAUUCAGGGGGUUGUAUCCAAAAUUAAGGAAGUAAGCACUUUGAUAUUUGAUAUUGAUGUAAUAUCUUUGCACAGGGAAGUUGUAUAAUUUUAACUAUAUUAAUUUCUAAGCCAGUAUUGUUCAAUUGGUACCAAAAAUGCACAGAGUAAGGUAUUUUUUCAUUGAAUGUAUUURCUGUUAGAAGUUCCUAUUUAUUUUGCCAUUUAAUACAUUAAAAAUCAGAAAGCAACUCYGUUAGAAACAACUAUAGAUGGAUGAGGAAACUGGUUUUGUUUGGCUUUACACUUGUCACCUCUAAGCUGAAGUUUUAGGGCAGAAGGUGUGAACUGGUGUUGAAAAGUAUUAUCAGCUUAAUUUUGAUGGCUUCCAGUUUCUAAGAAAGAAAUAAAAAUAGGCUACUUUUAUUCGUAACUUCAUAUCUUUGCUUAGUUAGAGAUAAAAUGCAGUUGAUAGGAAAUUAUUUCUAUGAAAGGAAGGAAAUGUAUGAGAAGSUUUGGAGGAGAGAGGCAGAAAGUGGGAUUUGAUGGAAGAAACAAAAUAAAGGAGGGGGUGGGAGGAAAAAAAGCAGUGGAAAGGCAUGAGUAUGAGAGGGAUGUGGAGGUGAUCCUGGAUUGGGAAAGUUGAAGGAAAGGAAAGAGAAUGUGGAUAUACGAAUUGUGGAAGCUGGAGAGUGAAUGUUUCUGCAAAUAUGGCACUGCAUUUUUAUACUAUUUAUUUAAUUUCAUUUCAUAUCUUGUGCUGCCAUAGCCUGUGACAUGUGCCUUGUCAGGGGAUAAGGUGCAGGGCCUGGGCUUCUCUUCAUAUUCAAUUAAAAGGUUGUAUUUCUGAGCUUUUUGUGUAAUGUUUGAGGCAGAAUCCUCAAAAAGUGUUGCACUGAUGUUGAUAUUAAGAGGGAGCAGUAACAGGGAAGCCUGUUGUUUCAGCGUAUCCUGAUUUCAGCUGCAAUAGUUAAUUUUCUCCUAAGYAGCUGGUGCAGUGCUGUGKUUUAGRUUCAGUAUGAGAACAAUGGUGUUAAUAACAGGCUGAUGUUUUAGUUGUUGCYAAGUAGUGCUUACCUUAUGUCGGGACUUUUCAGUUUCCUGUGCUGUGUCAAUGAGGAGGUGCACAAAGAAGCUGGGAGGGACCAUAGCCAGGACAGCUGACCCAAAAUGGUCAAAAGGAUAUUCCAGACGUGGAAUGUUAURCUCAGUACAUAAACUGGGGUGAGUUGGCUGGGAGCUAUUGAUCCCUGCUCAGGGCUGGGCUGGGUAUUGUUCAGUGGGUGCUGAGCAGUUGUAUUCUGCAUCAUUUGUCUUUUCCUGGGUUUUAUUCCUCUCUCUUUUCCUUUUUAUUAUUAUUAUUACUAUUACAAUAUUUUACAUUAGUUCAGCUACAAAACUGUUCUUAUGUAUAAGCGACCCUCGAGGUUUUCUUUCCAAUUCUCCCCAGUAGGGCCAGCGGGAGGUGGGGCUGUGUGGGGCAUAGUUGCCAGAUGGAUGUAAAUGAUGGCAGUGUCUGGAGGGAAUCUUUCAUAAACAGAAGACUAAAAAUACAUAUUUGGAUAAAAAGCUUACCKGCUUACCUACCAAGUUUUGCUUCCUGCUUUUCCAGGGAUAUGGAAAAACAAAUAAAUUUGAAACCAGUGGUAUUUUUAUGAAUUUCUGACCUUUAAAAACACCUUUAGUUUCCAAAUUUGAGAUUGUGGAAUGUGUAUGUGAAUUACACUUCUGAAAAUUAAGCCCUGGCUAAAAUAGGUGUUUAGGUUGUUGGAUCAGGAUUGUGCUCUCACAGAGAUGGGGUCAUUUCAUGUAAAAUCCUAGCAACUACUGAGAAAGAUGGGACACAGCAGAGAGRGGAGUGCAAGGCUGUGUGGAGCUCUGGCUUAUUAAUUCUACCUUUAUAAAAGAUGUGGUGUGGUGAUUUAACACAGACAUUAAAGAYAGCUCACAGUGUUCAGUCAUCUUUGUGCUCAGGUGAGCUAAGGCCAGGCCUUUCUCUCCCRUACUCAGUCACUCCACACAAUGGCUCCCAAACAUUUCAUUGCACAGAAACCACAACAAGCUAUUCCCUGACUGUUCCAGAUAGGAGCACGCUGGGAGUGUACAAUCUCCUGUUCUCAGGACUGAUGUUUGUGAUUCAUUAGGAAGUUUUACAGUCCCAGCCGUGGUGUUUUCUGUGUUUAUUGCCAUGUCUGUUCCAYGAGGUGGAAGCUCAGCCUGCUCAGGGAGGCACAGCACUGGCUGGACAACACUUCUCUGGGCAGGGGUUGGUUUUAUACUUCACUGUUGGUGGRUUUUGAACAACAACCUACAGGUUCUUUUCACUAAGGGGAAAAAAAAAAAAGGUGUGGAAGGAAAGGGAACAUUAAAAGAAUUUGUGUAACGGAAUCUGCUUUGCUGGGAGAAAAAAAUCUGUUUUCUGUGUAUUAUUCUGUUUUGCAGUAGGGAACCUGGACAGAAACGAAGUGAUAGUCUGAGGAAAGAAAAAAUCUACAAAUAAAAACCUACAAGUAUUUUUAUUAAAGUAUGGCUGUAUUCUUAUUUUAGYGGUGAUGUUUUUUAAUCUACAUAUAUUUUUAUUAAGAGAAAGUCUGAUUUUGAAUUUAUUUUUUUUUUUUUGCGCCUGUUAAUAGUACAGACUGUCCAAAGCAGCAGAGAUAUUUGUUAUUCUGAUUUGCUAAUAAACUUUGGUAAAGCA